AUGGCGAAGGAUUCAAGCAUCGAGCAAACCAAACAGACGCUUGUACAGCGCUUCCGAGCAUGGGGUGAAAACUCAUUCCCGCCGACUCUGCUCGCCUCGCUCAUCACCGCGCAACAUGCCCGCCCAUUCCAGGUCUUCCCUAUGCUCUUCACUCCUGUCCUCCUCUUCACCAGCUAUGCGAACCUCCAAGGCUUCAAGACCGACACUGCCGGUAUCAGCGCUGCGUGGUCAGGCUUAUACUUGCUCCUCGCCAGCCGACGACGCCAACCGAUGAUGAAGAAGUUCGGAGUUCGCGGGGUGGUGCGCGGUGGAACAAUGGCUCUCUGUCUGGUGAAUAUGAUCGGUGGUGGACUUGCAUACACACUUGGAAAGCGCGAGGAGGAGGAAAACUCAUGA